AUGAGAAUCCACAGUGGAGAGAGGCCUUACGAGUGCCAAGAAUGUGGGAAAGCCUUUAUCAAUUACUCAGCCCUCACUAAGCACAUGCGAACUCACAGUGGAAAGAAGCCCUAUGAAUGUAAGGAGUGUGGGAAGACCUUUAGUCAAACCUCAGCCCUCACUGCACACAUCAGAACCCACACUGGAGAGAAACCGCACAAAUGUAAGGACUGUGGCAAAGCCUUCCGCUAUUCCUCAGUCCUCAAGUUCCACGUGAGAAUCCACAGUGGAGAGAUGCCAUUUGUAUGUAAGGAUUGUGGGAAAGCCCUCAGGAAAGCCUCAGACCUCACUACACACAGAAGAAUCCACAGCAGAGAGAAACCAUAUGAAUGUAAGGAGUGUGGGAAGACCUUCAGUCAAACCUCAGCCCUCACUACACACAUCAGAACCCACACUGGAGAGAAACUAUACAAAUGUAAGGACUGUGGGAAAGCCUUCCACUGCUCCUCGGUCCUCACAAAGCAAGUGAGAAUCCACAGUGGAGAGAUGCCAUUUGAAUGUAAGGAGUGUGGGAAAGCUUUUAGGUGUUCCUCAGACCUCACAAAACAUGUAAGAAUUCACAGUGGAGAGAAGCCCUAUGAAUGUAAGGAGUGUGGGAAAGGCUUCAGGUGUUCUUCACAUCUCACCACACACAUGCGAAUCCACAGUGGAGAGAGGCCUUAUGAAUGUAAGGAGUGUGGGAAAGCCUUUAGACAGUCCUCACAGUGCAAUAGACACAUGAAAAUUCAUAGUGGAGAGAGACCCUAUGAAUGUAAGGAGUGUGGGAAAGCCUUUUUCCAAUCCUCAAGUCUCACAAGACAUAGAAGAAUGCGCAGUGGAGAGAGGCCCCUAUGA